CUCAUAUCUUCGUAGAUCCAUUUCUGCAAAACAUCUUAGGAGGGGAACACGUCACGCACACAUGCGCACACAGGCUGACGCAUCGUUUCAUACUCUUUUGCAGAGCUGAGGCAUGCCUGUGGCGGAUUAAUUAGUUGCACUGCAUUCAACAGCGUUUGUUAAAAAGCAUAGCGAAAAGAGUCACAAUUUUGGAAUGUUCUUUAAAGAAGGGGGGUGGAUUUUUUGGGAACAAGUAAGGCAUUACGACCCGGACGUGGCAUCUUGCUCCUGCUCUGCCGACUUGACCACUUUUUCCGCGGAGCUGCAAGCUGAAAGAGUGAGACGUCGGCUGGCAGCGCGUUGAAGUGGCGCAACUUUGGCGCAAUCAGCUCAACGCACAUUGAAUUUUGAGAUUUCUAAAUCACGACCCAUACUAAUGGACUGAUUAUUUUUUUGCCAGUGCAGCGAGAGUGUGUGAGAUCGCCGCGCUACGAUGAACGCUGUCUCUGCUCGCCUUUUUUUGUGAUACCGGCUCGGAUCGACGCAAUAAAAAAGGAGGGGAAGGAGCGAGGCGAGGUGAGACACAGCCGAGAGAUGUGAGGAGGGGAUGCGGGUGUUUUCAAGCCAAGCGUCGGCGCAGGGUCGCAAUUCAGCACCAGGGAGAGGGGACAGCUCCCCACGCCGCAGCGCGCCAGCAAGAGAAGAAGCGCCUAUUUGUUCCUUGUUUUUCUGCCAAGGUCAGUCCUAUGAGGUGCAAAAAAAUGGUUUGGACUCUACUUCCUCUUGUUUUUAGCCUGGCUGACCCACUGAGGCAGUGAGGACAUUUCUAUUGAGAACUGUGGGCACAGGAACAGGUUAGAUGUGUUUUAAAAGACUACCUCAUCUAACCACGUCUCCCUUUCCGCUUCCUUUUGGACUGAUGUCGACUCGAUCAACAGCUCCUAUGUCUUGAGACCGGGGAUGAUUUGUCCGUGUUGAAAAUGCUGCUUUGGGUUGUCCUGCUGAACGCGGCUCUUUGUGUUGCCAGUGGGAACGUGACAAGGGACGUGUGUAAGGAGCAGAUAUGCUCGUGCACCGAGGUCGAGGGAGACGUGCACAUCGGCUGUGAAAAACGGAGCUUCACCACGCUGCAGCACCUCACCGGGCCAAGCUCACAUUUUUACCACUUGCUGCUGCAUGGCAACUCUCUGUCCAGGCUCUUCCCCAACGAGUUCGCCAACUUUUACAAUGCCGUCAGCUUGCAUUUGGAGAACAACGGGCUGCACGACAUAGUCCCUGGAGCUUUUCUGGGGCUGCAGCUGGUCAAAAGGCUGCACAUAAACAACAACAAGAUCCGCUCCUUCAGGAAGAGUACAUUUCUGGGCUUGGACGACUUGGAAUAUCUCCAAGCUGAUUUUAACCUCUUAAGGGACAUUGACCCGGCCGUGUUCAGGGACCUUAAUAAACUUGAAGUGUUGAUACUUAACGACAACCUCAUCAGUGCACUGCCCAUAAAUGUGUUCCAACAUGUGCCCAUUACGCAUCUUGACCUACGUGGAAACCGAAUCAAAACAUUGCCUUAUGAGGGGAUCCUUGAGCAGAUCCCGGGCAUUGUAGAGGUUCUGCUCGAAGACAACCCCUGGGACUGUAACUGUGACCUGGUUUCCCUGAAGGAAUGGCUGGAGAAUAUACCACCGAAUGCGCUCAUUGGGAGGGUCAUUUGCGAGGCUCCCACCAGGCUGCAAGGGAACGACCUGAAUGAGACUUCCGAAGCAGAGCUGUGCCCUUCACAGAACGGUGGUGCAGACACCAGCCUGGUGGCCCCUCCCACCCAGGAUGAGACAUCCGAGCCAGUCGCACAUGGCGGCGGCCCACGUCCCACGCCUUACAAGCCCAGCUCAGACGCCAGUGGGCCACCGACGCCUGGUGGCCACGGAGCCAAGAGCCGUUCUAAAUCACGUGAGAACUGGCAGCUUAAGACCAAACCCACACCAAUAGCGACAGGCGUAAGUGGGGCCAAAGAGCAGCUUCACAAUGCCACCUGCCCCCAGCCAUGCAACUGCAAGCUGGUCGGUUCCAGACAGGGGCUUGGGGUGAACUGUGAGGGCAAGAAAAUCGAGAGCUUAUCUAAUCUGAAACCAAGACCACAGAUUGCCCACGAACUGAACAUGAGAGACAACAACAUCCAUGCGGUGAAAAAGAACCAGCUGCUUGGCUACACCAGCCUCAACCUUCUCGAUCUCGGCGGGAACAACAUCAAGGCGAUCGACAACAGCACCUUCCAGAAUCAGAGCGAACUGAGGUGGCUGUACAUGGAUAAGAACUAUCUGGAUACACUCAUGGCAGAGAUGUUCGUGGGUCUCGUCAACUUGGAAUAUCUCAGUUUGGAAUACAACGACAUCCAGCUCAUAGUGGCUGGCACGUUCAGCCCCAUGCCGAACUUGAGAGUUCUCUUCCUUAAUAACAAUUUGCUCAAGUCUUUGCCAGUGGAUGCGUUCCUUGGAAUUUCUUUGUCAAAAAUCAGCCUGCAUAAUAAUUACUUCUCCUAUCUGCCCGUAGCUGGCGUGUUGGACCAGCUCAACUCCAUCAUUCAGAUAGAUUUGCACGGAAAUCCUUGGGAUUGCUCUUGCAACAUCGUGCCCUUCAAACAGUGGGCUGAGCGGCUCGGAGCUGACGUCAUCGUGAGCGAUCUCAAAUGCGAGUCGCCGGAGGAGUUCUGGAAACGCGACUUCCGCUACGUGCGGAACGACCUCAUGUGCCCCAGACUCUACGAGCGGAUGCCCCCUCCCACCCCUGUGUCCAAAAACAGCACUUUCACAAUGGACUCGGGCACGCGAUCAAACUCUUAUCUAGAGCCCAACCGGGUCUCCAUCUCGGUGCUCGUCCCCGGGUUGCUGCUGGUGUUUGUCACAUCCGCGUUCACUGUCGUGGGAAUGCUCGUCUUCAUACUGCGCAACCGCAAGCGGUCCAAGAGGCGGGACGGGAACUCGUCUGCCUCUGAGAUCAACUCCCUGCAGACGGUGUGCGACUCCUCGUACUGGCACAGCGGCCCCUACCAUGCAGACACGGGUGCGCAUCGGGGCUUUGAUUGCACCACACACCUGUCUACGACAAAUGAUGCGUGAAAAGAAGAGGGGCUGGAAUGGAUUUACAAACGACACACAGACAACCUGCUUCUCCUCACACAGGAGGAGAGCGGUCUUGGUGCUGUCUUGUUUUAGUCCACGUUAACCGGUUUGUCUGCUGCACGGGGCCCCAGCACUGUAUAUUAUGUAUAUGACAAUCCCUCCCCCACCCUCCUAAGAAUACCCUUACCUGUGCUAUUUGCCGCAUUUGGACUUCAGAUCUGUAUCAGACAUAGUUGGAGCAUAUGAUGUAAUGAAAAAAAGGAGGGGAAAUGCGUGUGAGAGGGAAUGGUGCACGAGCGCAUGAAUGUAAAUGUAAAUAGUCGGGCCGAUGUAUCAUAAUGUGCAUGAUGAUAUUUCCGCAUGGUUUCAACACACGCACACAUAGCGCGCGACUGAGGAACCAUGACCACUGAAGAGGAGGCGAAACCCCUUUCAUGCUCCAUCAAUAUGAUGACUAUAUAUAUAGAUAUUAUGAGAGUUACAUAUAUAUGACUAUAACAAAGUGCCAUUUCUCUAUUUUUGUGAACUUGCGGUUAGGAUUUGUAUUUGUUGUUUUAAACCUGUUUGGACAAAAGAGGUGGGAAAACACUGUUGGUUAGUAUCAGAAAGGAUGUGAUGCUGUCAGUGCAUGUUCUUUUUUCUGUUUGUUUUAUUUGAUUGUCGAUGAAUAUUGGGAUUAUUUAUACGCUACUAGAUGGUGCGGGUGUAGCCCCCCCAAUCGUCACCAAACUCAACCUAUCAUCCUUUUUUUUUUGAAUGUAUACUAUGUUCUUUUUUUAAUAGCGUGCCAAUUGUUGACUCCAUGGCGACAUGUGUACAAGCAUGACGUCAUUCGGAUGCUUCUGCUGCAAAGUUGAUGUAGCUUAAAUAAUAGUUCUGUGGUUUUUGUGUGUCUAUGAGUAUAGCCUGUGUUGGGUGAGAGGACGUUAAAAAAAAAAACAUGUCAUUGGGGGGUUUGUACCAUCAUAUUUUUUCAAAAACCGAGCAACGUUUUCAAUUGAGCUAGAAUAAUUUGAUCAAUGUAUACAGUGCAGGUAAACAUAGCAUAGACUGCUUUUUAUUGUGAGAAAAAAAAGUAUUCCUCCACACACAGACACAUGAAAAAUACUAUGAUUCAUCUUUUAUUGUGAUUUUUUUAAGCUAUCUAACCUUGUACAAAUAACUCAUUGUAAACAAAAUGUGCUUGAACUAUGCUGUACUGGGGUAGAAUUCUUGCUUUUUCACAAAAGAUGAGUUGUGCCGUGAGAGGGAUGUGGCCAGUCCUUAUAUAGAGGAAGUGCUUAGAGCCUUCGCAAACAUGGCUGGGUAAUGCAAGAUGCCUUUUACACUUCACAUAUAGCAGGCUACGUCAUGACUGCAGGCCUGCUCUAACAGAAGGUGUUACUAUUAGCACUAACUUAUACUCAAAAAAGCAUUACAGACUGAGGCCCACAUACUGUGUGCAUUGUGUGCCACUAAUGCAACAAUGCUCUUUUUAUAUGUCUAUUAAGACAGUGUAAAAACCCUGUAACCAUUUCAUGACACGCCCAAUUUCAAUUUGAUUUCUACAAAGGGCUCCAAAGUAUAAACACCUUCAAAUUAAAAGCAGCUUACAUUAGGUGUAGGGGCCUUAAAUUUAAUUAGGUGACAAUAGCAUGUUAGCCAAAACUGGUCGGCCAACUGUACCUUCAAUUUGUCACUGUCCGAGGUGCUGAAUCACUUCCUUUGUCCUCCUGCUCAGUCAGAGAAAGAGACAUGUGGCCAUUUGCAUUCGGCACCCUUAACUAUUAUCCUUCCCGCAUAGCAACUCAUUAGUGGCAGAUAACAUGGGGGACAUGUUUAGAAGUGUGGAUUACACAGAGGCUCGAAAAUGGAUGGUUGAAUAGUCUGACAAUGCAAAUGAUAUGAGUCAUCUGCAGUGGCUGUUCUGUAGGCCCAAAACCUUUUUCAUAGUGCUGGAUUUGCCUUUACUUUUUCACCCGGCUUGACCUUGGGGAUUAAGGUCAUGGCAAAUCUGUGACAGACACUCAUCAUUGCCUCGCAUCUUCUUUAACUCGCAGUUCUCUCUUUUGUCCCACCAGAAGGUUUUUUUUUUUGCCACCUGUGUGCCACAGCUCAUUUGAUAUUUGUUAUCAUUUUCAAACGCCGUGUUUCCAACUACAUUUUUAUGCUUUGCAAUAUUUGACCUGCUUAUAUUUUGUUAAAUAAAGUGUGGUUGCGGUUGAGUGAAACUA